AUGUCUGUGAGGCAUUCUGUGGUGCCUGUAGCAGUCUCUGGCAACAAGUUUCCUCAGCUAGCUCUGCUUUGGGCCUUCCAAAUGCGAACUGAGGAAUUUGGUGCUUCUAGCCUCAGGAGCACUGAAGCCAGUGCUAGAGAGACCAAUCUCACAAGUAGCACAAAACAGAGUCAAGCACUAAUUGCCGAGCAGCGCAAGGCUGCUUGCCCGCAACGCAAGGCUGCUUGCCUGCAAGCGGCCGGCCCCUCCGAUCAAGGACCAUCCCCCUGCCCCAAUGCACUCAACGCCGCCGAGCGCAGCAACCUCUUUGACAAGCUUGAGGAGGAAGAGCGCGAGGACAAGGCUCGCAUCAAGAAGGAGGUGAAGAAGGUCGCACUGUACCUCAUGAAAAGUGUAGGUCUCAUCCAACUCUCGAUCCUUUCCCUGUCUCUGCAACUGACCAUCAUCUUUGCAAGCGCCUCCUCCGACGAAGGCUCCAACCGGCAACAAACGUGA